UAAUGACUUGUCUUUGCAGUCGACUUGGAAGGGAUGAUCACGCUGUUUGCGGUUAGUGGUGCCGCCCUCGAGGGAGCGGGACCUGAAGAGCGGGAGCUGCCAGAGUGGAUGGACUUUCGUGGGUCCGUUCAGCAAGUGUGGCAUCGCACAAAUGAAGAUCUAAAGGCGCUGUCUCCGGCUGAGGCUCCCCACCGUAGCCUAGUCUCGAAGUGGUGGUUAGACUUCGGAAAGAAAUGUGGGAUCGACGUCGAUGCUCCGUACGAACCAUCACCCGAGAUUGCUGGGGCGUCAGGUGCCUGGGUGAAAGACAAGGGCUGCGCAUGGAAGGAAUGCCUUUGUUUCGGGGAGCGACCCUAUCACAGGUUGCGGAGGUGCAAGAGGUGCGAGAAUGUGCUAUAUUGUUCGAAAAAAUGCCAGACAAAGUAAGUAACGCACCUUGAAUUAAUUGCCUAAGGCCUC